CAUUGUCAUGAUAACGAAGAAUUCACGCUGUUGAUAUUCUUCAGCUAAACGGAAAAACAGAAAGGCAGGAAGUCUUAAGAGCCGAGUAUAAAUUUGCCGUGCUGAAGCUGUAUUGUACAUUAGUUGUACUGAGAAGCUUGCGAGAUGGGGACACGGCAAAGUUCAGAUGUUCAAACGAAUCCCGAACAAAAUUUCAUAGGGAAUGCUGAAACAGACAGUCCAGAUUUCGAACCCGUUCCAGAAAAGAGAAAGCAUCGAGCGAGGUGUGUAUCUGUAAUAAUAUGUACGAUUGCAGCCCUUCUUGUGUUAACUUUCUGUAUCGUCAACCGAACUGAGAUAGAAUUCCAACGUGAUACGCCACGGAAAAAUACAACGAAUGUGUGUUACAUAAAGAAGGAGAAGUUAGCCUUUUCUGGUUUGUUUACAACUGCGUUGGGCUUGUUUGGUGUGGUACUCGGCACAUUACUUGAUCGCGUGUCGCUUAUCUGCGAGGAAUCCUACCACUUGCACCAACGUUAUCACGGCAGCUGGAAAGAGAUGACCAGAGCUUGUUUCAGUGGAAUCGUUUGGGGUCCUGUUAUCGUUUUGCUUGGUUCGACUGCCAUGAUUACCGUUGUUCUUACUUUCGUGACGGGUGAGCCGUGGUUCAAGGUUAGUUAUAUCGUGUAUAUUUUCAGCGGUGUCGGCGUUGGACCACUUAUCAUGCACUUGCUUAACCUGAACACACAAUCUGAGGUUCAUAUUUCUACGAUCCUCGAGGACAAAGAGAUGAAUAUUGCCAACGGACUUGCGUGGUCCUACUAUUUUAGCUAUCUUAGACUAGCAUUGCCAACAUUUAAGAAAGCCACAAGCAAGCCUUUUCGUGGACCACACGAACAAUUUAAAUUGUCUUUAAAAAAAUUGCUGCUGCUCAUACCCCACGAUAGCAACAUGAAGGAAGAUUUGAAUGAACUCGACAGCAAUAUUACCAGACUGCUUGACCUCAAUCAUGAGCCUUUCCGUUUUUCUAUUUAUCGCCUAAGCGUUAACGAACGAGAAAACGAAUAUUUUGCCAUACAAUACGCGAAAGAGCCUUUAGAAGCACUGAGAGAAAUGAGCGUGGUGACAGCGGCCAAAGCUAUAACAAAAAAAAAUCACGAGGAACAAGUAAAAUUGCUUUACACAACAUUGCGUAGAAUAUUGAAUAGCCCGCCAGAUCAGUAUUGUGAAGGGAUGUGCAUGCUCGUGCCUAUCAAAGCGGACGAGGGCAGCUUUAAAAAUGGAGGGCUAGUGAAAUGUAUCUUGGACAUAGUUCAUUCUCGGUUCAUUAGUAAAAGCUCUAAAAACGGUAGCCUUCUCGGAUUCAUGAAACUGAAAAAAAGAUUGUCCCGGUGUGAAGGUUUCAGACGUCAAUCCAGUCGAGCUGAAGCAUUACAAACACAUCAAAGAAGCAUGAAAGAAGAAACGGUCGGAGGCGAAAUAUACAGUAAUCAUAAACAGGCCGAGUCAAUCAAACUACAAUUGUUGGAUACGUAGCAAUUUUAUUAUUUUUAGCCAAGAAUGGAUUAAAAGGAUGCUCAUGUGAGAGUGGUAAUGGCCGAAAACUUGCAAAGAUCGGAGAAAAGGCAUAAAGACUGCACGUUGGCUGACAGUUAUUUGACCGCCAUCUUUGAAGACAAUUUGAAGCCGAGUUUGGUACCAGUACCAGUCUCUUUCUGUUGUUUUCGUCUGCGCGAUCGUGGACCGUAAAGACAAAACAAUAGAAAUGGCCUGGCACUGGCACCCAAUUCUUCAAAUUCACUGUCUUGACCAAGAGAGUUCUGAGCAAAUUACAUAUCGCACCCGAAUGAGCAGAGCAAAUUUUCGUAUUAAAAUUUUAUUUCGAAGUAACUGUACAUA